AUCAGCAAAAAACCACAGUGAUUGAAAACGGUGAAAUCAGAUUCAAUGGAAAAGGGAAAAAGAUUCGGAAGCCUCGAACCAUUUACUCUAGUCUACAACUCCAGGCUUUAAAUCAUCGCUUUCAGCAGACUCAGUACCUGGCGCUUCCAGAGAGAGCCGAACUGGCAGCUUCAUUAGGACUAACCCAGACACAGGUGAAGAUCUGGUUUCAGAACAAGCGCUCCAAAUUCAAGAAGCUGCUGAAGCAGGGCAGCAACCCCCACGAGAGCGACCCUCUGCCCGGCUCCGCUGCCCUCUCCCCUCGCUCUCCGGCUCUGCCUCCAGUCUGGGACGUUUCAGCUUCUGCCAAGGGAGUCAAUAUGCCUCCCAACAGCUACAUGCCUGGCUAUUCUCACUGGUAUUCUUCUCCACAUCAAGACACAAUGCAGAGACCACAAAUGAUGUGAAUUGUCCAAGA